AUGUCUAAAAACUUGAACACGACCAUCGAGGUCUACGACGAUGCUAGCAGAGAGUCCGUCAAGAAGCCAUGGUACAAGAGGUUCAACGACUGGAUUGAGGUCGACAACCCAGGCGACUUGACGAACAUGCAACGGUUUCUCUUCAAUCAUGAUUUGCGUCCUGUUGAGGCCCAAAGAAGGCAAUGGUCAUGGUACAAUUACGCCUUCUUCUGGAUCGCUGAUUCCUUUAAUAUCAACACCUGGAUGAUCGCGUCCACAGGUGUCCAGCAGGGCAUGACGUGGUGGCAGACUUGGAUUUCCGUGUGGGUUGGCUACUUCUUGUGUGGUGUAUUUGUCUCCAUUUCGGCCAGAAUCGGUGUGGUGAACCACAUUUCCUUCCCCAUUGGCGCGAGAGCGUCCUUUGGUAUCUUUUUCGCUGCUUGGCCAGUCAUCAACCGUGUGGUCAUGUCUUGUGUCUGGUACUCCGUGCAGAGCAUGGUGGCUGCUCCAUGUAUCGGUUUGAUGUUAAGGUCGAUCUUUGGUCAACACCUUGAUGAGACCAUGCACAACGGUAUCGACAAUGCCAACUUGACAACCUUUCAAUUCUUGUCAUUUUUCCUUUUCUGGCUUUUCGAACUCCCGUUCUUGUGGUUCCCCCCUCACAAAAUAAGGCAUUUGUUCACCUUCAAGGCCUAUGUUGUUCCUGUUGCAGGUGUGACCUUUUUGGUGUGGACCUUGGUGAAGGCUCAUGGGGCUGGUCCCGUCAUUCACAAGUCUUCCACGCUUAAUCUGCAUGAUUUAGGCUGGGCUUUUGUUGAAUCGACCAUGAAUGCUUUGGCCAACUUUGCUACUUUGAUCACCAAUGCACCUGACUUUUCUCGUUUCGCCGAUAAACCAUCUUUUGGAAUGAAGUAUAUCGUGCAGACGGUUUCCAUUCCAUUGUGUUUCUCCAUCACUUCAUUGAUCGGUAUUAUCGUCAGUUCUGCCUCAGAAGUCUUGUACGGCGAACCUACUUGGAAUCCAUUGGAUGUGUUGGGCCACUUUUUGGAUAACUAUACCGCGGGAAACAGAGCUGGUGUCUUCUUGCUCGGAUUCAGUUUUGCUAUUGCUCAAUUGGGUACCAACAUUUCCGCCAAUUCCCUUUCAUUCGGUACUGAUGUCACUUCCCUUCUUCCAAAAUACUUGACCAUCAGGAGGGGAUCGUACCUUUGUGCCAUUUUGGCUUUGCUCGUGCAGCCAUGGAACUUGACUUCCAGCUCUUCUAACUUCACGACGUACUUGUCAGCCUACUCUGUUUUCCUUUCCUCGAUUGUUGGUGUGAUCUGUUGUGAUUACUACUACGUGAGAAGAGGUCACUUGAAGUUGACGCACUUGUAUUCGUUGUUUGCCCCAGAGCAGCCUGAGAAGCCUUCUGCUUACAAGUACAAUAAGAUUGGCCUGAACCCAAGAGCCCUCAUUGCGUACCUCUGCGGAAUUAUGCCAAAUAUUGUUGGUUUUGUGGGCCAGGUUAAAGGUGAGGAUUCUGUUCCAAUUGGUGCAAUCUACGUCUACAGACUCAACUUCUUCACAGGUUUCUUCUCCGCUGCCAUUGUGUACGCUCUUCUAUGCUACUUCUGGCCAGUUGAGGGUGCCGCUGAAGUGAGACCGUUUGAGAAGGCCUGGCUCGAGGAGUUCCAGGAUGUUGAGAACUUCGAAGAGGAGUUGCAAGGUCACGUUGUUCAAGGAGUUGAGGAGGUCUCUGGCUCGUUUGCCUCGGGAGUACUGGGUGCUUUUGAGAGAAAAGAGAUGUAUGAAAAGGCUUGA